AAAAUGAUGAUGAUGCUCCUUCGCUGUCAGUAAUCAAGAUUUCAAGUCAAGAAUUUAUUUGAGAUGGCCGCCAGCCCUAUCAUCAUCUGCCUCCUGUCCCUGAUUGGCUAUGGCUCAUCCCACCCGUCUCCUCCUCCUCGGGGGUGCAGCGAGGACGUGGACCCUCCGUACCGGGUGCUGUGCGACCUGGAGUCGGUCUGGGGCGUGGUCCUGGAGGCCGUGGCCUGCAGCGGAGGCGUGGCUUCUCUGGUCCUCGCCGUGCUCCUGCUAGUCAAGCUACGCUUCAUUUCUGACCCCGCCAGGCGCUCCGGCACCGGGCCUCUCCUCCUGCUCCUGGGCACGCUCCUGGGGCUCUUCUCCAUCUCUUUGGCUUUCUUGGUGGGGAAGAAUCAGGGGCUCUGCGUGGUCCGCAGGGCCUUCUGGGGGCCCCUCUUCGCCCUCUGCUUCUCCAGCCUGCUCGUGCAGGGGGUCCGGCUCAGGAGGCUGGUGGCUGGCGAGACGAGCCCCUCGGGCAGCUCCUUGGCUGCGCUCGGCCUGGCCCUCGCCUUGGUCCAGGGGAUCAUCUCUGCUGAAUGGGUUUUGCUGACUGUAGUUAGGGAGGGUCACCCGGCCUGCGAAUAUCCGCCUUUAGACUUUGCUCUGACAUGCAGCUACACCCUAGGGCUGCUCCUCAUCGCCAUGGGGCUUUCUCUGGGCGUGGUGCUGUGCGGUGGUGAGAUGGGGGCAGCGGGAGGAGGUGGGAGUGAAGAAGAUAGAGAAGGAGAGAUGGAAAAACGGAGAUGGAAAUGCAACGCCGUCUGGCUCUUCCUGGCCAGUCUGGCAUCGGCGUUGCUGUGGGUGGCUUGGCUGGGGUUUUAUCUUUAUGGGAGCCAGGCGCUGAGGGGGAAGGGGAAAGGGGAGAGGUUAGGAGGAGGAGGAGGAAAGAAGGAUGUGAAGGUGUUGGAUGAGCCGGCGCUGGCGGUGGCCUUGGUCAUUCAAGGCUGGAUCUUGCUGCUGUUCCACGCUAUUCCGGAGGCACACCUGUGUCUCCGAAACCCUCCACCGUCCAACACGCAGGACUUCUUCGACUCCACUCACACGUCCCCUCCUCCACAUUUUGGAGAUGAGCUCCCGGCACACUCGCAGCGACCUUUCCCUGAAAACCAGGCUUUUUCUAUAGAGGAGCACGGCGCAACUCUUCGAAGUGGAACGUACCACAGCAGCCAAGGGAGUAUGGGUCCUGGCAUCGCCUUCAGGGGCCACGUCUACCAGCCCACUGAGAUGGCCCUGGUCAUGAAUGGCGGGACAAUGCCCACAGCCCCUGUUAACUACACUGGAAGACGAUUAUGGUAACAAGGGACCAAACCGGAAACACGUGUGUGGAAUUGUGGAAUUUUCUUUUUGCAUCCAGAAAACGAAAAGGAAGGAGACGUUAAGAACAUCCCUUCUCACACAGGAUGGAUUUGAUUACAAUUUUUUUAACGUAUUUGUGUUUCCGCACACAUGUAUGAAUUUUACAUUUUAAGGAACUUUCUUCAUAGUAUUUUUGCUGAAGUUUUCUGUGUUGCCUCUUUAUCGGCCGACUGGACACGAGAGGGAAGAGAGAGUGACGGAGCGUCCACAGUUUUGAGAGUCUUAAUUGUAAUAUGUAAAUAAAUACACUGACAAGGAGUGUGUGUAAGCAGGACUAAUGUAAUUAUAUAAAGGGGGAAAUGUAAGAUCAGUGUUCAAUGUGGUUUUGACCCAGAGAAAGUAAAGAUGAGCAUUUUGUGUGAGCAGCUCUUAACGAAUGCUGUUGCUUACUGAUCGGUGAUGUUUGCUUUAUAAGACAUAUGAAGUAAGGCAUCCCUUUCCUUUUCUUUCUAUCUUACGCGAAGCUACAACUAAGAAAAAGACAACCCUUUAGGUUGUUUUUGUAAAUGACCUGCAUACGCACAAAAAGCUUGCUUGGCCUCUAUUACGUGCUGGAAAGAACCAAAGGCCUCAGUGUGUUUUGCACAUUUCGCCCUGCGUAUUGAUAUUUGUAAUG